ACCUUGAAGAUUAAAGAUGAGGUUCUUGUUGAUGAGCAUGACUUUGGUAUUAAUGAUGACGUUUGGGGAAGCAGUUAGGGAUAGAUGGAGCAGAGAUGAGAUGGUGGAGAUGGCUGGCUACGGCGAACAAAAACUCUCUUCUGUUCUUCUCACCGCCUCUCUUCUCUCUUCCUCCUCCUCUCCUAUUCAUGGUGCUACCAUUGGCAUCAAGUGCCAUAUUGGAUAUAGGAGAAUAUCUAAAUGGAUCAAAGCUGUUACAAAUGAGUUGGGGCAAUUCGUCAUCGAUCUUCCUUCUCACCUCCAUGCGAUUCCUGACUUGGACAAGGCUUGUAUCAUUAAACCACUCUCUGUUCCUAAACCAUAUCGAUGCUCAUCCAAGAUUCAUAGAGGAAUUCAACUCCUCUCCUCUUCUAACGGCUCCCGUGUCUACACAGCCGGCAACAUCACCUUACAAGAGAGCACCAUGUAAAAACAGAUUGUAAAUUUAUCUUGCUAGGAAAGAUCAGUCAUGACUUUAUUUGUAUAUGGUUCCUUCUCACUUCUUGUGAGAAAGAGAGACAAGUCUUUGUAAAUCUUGUUGUUCAUGCUCUUCUUGUAUAUAUAAAAUUUUAUUUUUGCUUCAA